AUACACACACCACCAAUUAUAAGCUUAGUCAUCCUUCAUAGAGAGAGAGCCCAAAAUACUUUAGAGAGAGAGAGAGAGUAUGAAAAUGGAAGUAGGACAAGAUGGCCGAGUAGCAGCCAGGGCCAAGUGUUUUCCGGCAGGAUGGAAUGUGGUUGGGAAGCCUUGUGACUACUGCAAAUCUGCGGCGGCGCUGCUAUUUUGUAGGACGGACUCAGCCUUUAUGUGCAUGGCAUGUGAUUCAAAGAUGCAUGAUGUGAAUACCAAAUCCUUGGCUUUAUCGAGACAUGAACGUGUGUGGAUGUGCGAAGUGUGCGAGCAGGCACCGGCUAGUGUCACGUGCAAGGCUGAUGCUGCCGCCCUCUGUGUCGCCUGUGAUCGUGACAUCCAUUCUGCCAACCCUCUCGCUAGCCGCCACGAGCGAGUUCCGGUGGUGCCCUUUUACGAUGAUGCCGAAUCCUUGGUUAAGUCCACGGCCGGAUCUCUCCUGGUGCCUGAUUCCACUAGUAAUAUCAUGUUCGCCACUCAAGACAGCUUUGUUGCUGAUCCUUGGAUUUCUCAAAACCCAAUUACUAUGUCAAAACUUUCUUCUGAUACGACAGACAUGAAAUCCAUGGAGUUCUUGUUUUCCGAUGACCAAUUCCUGGACUUGGAUUUUCCAAUUUCAUCUCAACCUGACAGUGUUGUUCCUGUACAGACCAUGAAAUCUCCUUUCCCAACAAAAUUGACGGAUCAUUCAUCGGGAAAUGAAAUCGAUUUCACAAGAUCCAACAUUAAUUCUUACAACAACAGCUACAGUGCCACGUCUUCUUUCAGCCAAAGUGUUUCAUCAUCUUCGUUGGAUAUCGGGGUUGUGCCUGAGGGGAGCUGUUUUUCAGAAUCUUCGUACCCUUUCGGCGUUGAUCUAAGUGGAAAUCAAGGUUCCCAAAUUCUAGGAAUGAACAGGGAAGCAAGAGUUUUGAGGUAUAGAGAAAAGAGAAAGAACAGGAAAUUCGAGAAGACUAUAAGGUAUGCAUCCAGAAAGGCCUAUGCCGAAACAAGGCCAAGAAUCAAAGGCCGUUUCGCCAAAAGAACAGAGGCAGUUGAAUCUGAUAUUGAUCAAUUUUUCAUCACAGAUGAAAGAUAUGGUAUUGUUCCCUCAUUCUGAUGGCAAGGAUUUAUAAUAAUUCCAAAAUGUAUUAGUAAUUAAUAAUAUUUUUCAGUGUAAUGAUAACUGAAUUUCUUGUCUGUCAAAUAAUUUAUCAACGUAGUUAUUAUCCUUUGUAAAAUCUUGUUUCCUCUUUAACAGUUUCUUGAAUGAAAGGGCAAUUGCAGGGUGUAUUAUCAAUUUCUGCAAUCUGAAAAGUCUGGCUGCUUUUUUGUUGA